AGCAGUGAACAGGGAGCAGGGCGACAGCGGACGAGGAUAGACGCAUCUGGCCGAAGAUCUGAAGACACGAGCCCAACGUUGACAGUUCCACCGCGGGCACCCGGCCAGUGGCCCCCCCAGAGAGAGCGGGAGAACCGUGGGACUUCACCUCAGCCCCUUUCACCGCGCUCCUCUCUCUCCCCCACCGCCGCCACCGCCCACGGUGAAGAUGAACUACCUGCGCCGCCGCCUGUCGGACAGCAGCUUCGUGGCCAACCUGCCCAACGGCUACAUGAUGGACCUGCAGAGGCCGGACGCCUCCACCAGCUCGCCCGUCUCGCCAGCCGCCGAGCGCCGCCACCCGCCCACGGGCACCACCAUCCUCGCCUCCCUCUCCAACGCCGUCAAGCAGACCACCGCCGCCGCUGCCGGCCUCGUGGAGCACACGGCGGCACCGCCAACGCUCGCCACAAGCACGCCUGCCGUCCGCAAACCAAAGAUCCUGCUGGUGGUCGAUGACCCGCACACCGACUGGUCCAAAUACUUCCGUGGAAAGAAGGUCUUGGAAGAAUAUGAGAUCCGUCUGGAGCAGGCAGAGUUCUCCGAGUUAAACCUGGCCGCCUACGUGAAUGGAGGGUGUAUGAUUGACAUGCAACUUCUACGCAACGGGACCAAGGUGGUCAGGUCCUUUCGCCCGGACUUUGUGGUGAUCAGGCAACACGCCUACAACAUGGCGCACGGCGAGGACUACCGCAACCUGGUCAUCGGCCUGCAAUACGGCCGAGUGCCGGCCCUCAACUCCCUGCAGUCCGUCUACAACCUCUGCAACAAGCCCUGGAUGUUUUCCCAACUGAUAAAGAUCUCGCACGUCCUCAGCCCGGAGAAGUUCCCGCUUAUCGACCAGACUUUCUUCCCCAAUCACAAAGAGAUGCUGACGAUCCCCAAGUUCCCGGUGGUUGUCAAGAUGGGGCACGCUCAUGCCGGCAUGGGAAAGGUGAAGGUUGAAAACCAUUACGACUUCCAGGACAUUGCCAGCGUGGUGGCUCUUGCCAAAACAUACGCAACGACCGAGCCCUUCAUUGACUCCAAGUACGACAUCAGGAUCCAGAAGAUCGGCAGCAAUUACAAAGCCUACAUGAGGACUUCGAUUUCAGGAAACUGGAAGGCAAACACUGGCUCGGCAAUGUUGGAGCAGGUGGCCAUGACGGAACGCUACCGGACGUGGGUGGAUGCCUGUGCGGAGAUGUUCGGCGGCCUGGACAUCUGCGCGGUGAAGGCGGUCCACGGCAAAGACGGCAAGGAUUACAUCAUUGAGGUGAUGGACAGCGCCAUGCCUCUCAUUGGGGAAUACAUUGAGGAGGACAGACAACUCAUAGCGGAGUUGGUCAUUGGGAAAAUGAACCAGGUCCUCUCUGAGAACGCUGACGUAUCUCAGCAACAAGCUGGGAUGACACUGAACAAGGUCCAGCCUCCAUCAUCAAAAACCCCGACUCAAACAGGGACCAAUGCCCAGUGGGGCCAGACAACACAAGCCCGUCCUGUACCUCAAGGGAGCUCUCGGCAGCAGCCGAGUCCACAAAUGCAGCGAUCCAACACGGCACCCCAGAGGAGGUCCUCACCGCCAGGGCAGCAGAGCCAGGCUCCGCUCACGGGCCCCGGGCAGCAGGACAAGUCGCCAGGGUCGGGUUCAGCUUCCCCCAAGCAGAUCAAGUCAGCCGGUGCAUCGCCCAACCAGGCACCCAAGCUGGGAGGAGCCUUCUCUGGCCUGCAGGGCAAGCUCCCCGCCCUGCCCGGGGCCCCGCAGCCACAUAGUACACCGUCCCAGCCCCAGCUCAACAAAUCCCAAUCUUUGACGAACAGCUUCAGCGUUUCCGAGCCCGCCCAGCACGCCGUCUCCAACGAAGACGAGGCGAAAGCAGAGACAAUCCGAAACCUGAGGAAAUCCUUCGCCAGCCUCUUCUCCGAUUAACUCUUCGCCACGACGUUUCAAUUUCCCAGUCGGCGGAAGGGGAUGCGUGGAGGUGCGGCCGGCUGCCAAAACCGCAGCGUGGGUUUAACGGGAAUGUGGCGGUGGGGAGAGGCGGGAGGAGUGGGAAUGCUAACGGCCUUGCAUGGAUGGCAAGGGGCUGUGUGCUUUGAGGGAUAGUUUCCCCAGCUGGGGAGGGGGACAGAGAUGCUGGCAAGUUGGGGUGCGUGCAGGUGUAACUGUGUGUGUGGUGUGAAUAAUGUGCACUUUAUCUCCCGCUGCAGAUGUUGAAUGUCAAACGGAAUGCUGUCACCAACCAGAGAAUCACUAUUUAUUUGGGUUUUUUUAAGAAAAGUCUUGUUUAGUUUACCGAGGUACAGCGAAAAGCUUUUUGUUGAACGCAGAAUGUAUGCAAGAAAGCGUACAAGAAAGUGAAAUGUAUACAAGACUGCCUGACAAUAAGUUCCUUUGGGAUAGUGGGCCACCCGUCCACUUAAAUCACUGUCUUCCCCUCAAACAUUUUAAUCCCAUGCAGAAUUUGAAAUCUCCUCUUGAAGCACGACUCUUAUUUCUCUCCAGAAUUAGGUCAUAUUCAGUAUCAUUUAUUUCACUGCUUACGUUGCUUGGUAACUUUGCUCCGCGUACAAUAGAUUUAAAGUGGUGAUCGGUCAACAAGUCUAGUUUGUCGAGUCUUGGGAGAGAGAUACAGCUCGGAAACAGGCCCUUUGGCCCAUCGAGUCCAUCCCGAUCCACAACACCAAUUCCACAUGAAUCCCGUUUUUUAGGAAUUCUCUCUGCAUUGCGAUAGACGCAUACACUUGUUGCAAUAUAUCUGAGUGUGUUCGUGAAGUUUCGUAUUAGCCUGAAACAAUUGUUGGCGUUUGGCUGACAUACAGGUGUCAGAGGUUACGGGGAGACGGCAGGAGAAUGUGGUUAGGAAGGAGAGAUAGAUCAGCCACGAUUGAACGGCGGAGUAGUUGGACUCGAUGGGCCGAAUGGCCUAAUUCUGCUCCUAUAGAAACAUAGAAAAUAGGUGCAGGAGGAGGCCAUUCAGCCCUUCGAGCCAAGACCGCCAUUCAUUGUGAUCAUGGCUGAUUGUUCCCUAUCAAUAACCCGUGCCUGCCUUCUCCCCAUAUCCCUUGAUUCCACGACCUCUCUCUUAAAUCCAUCCAGUGACUUGGCCUCCACUGCCCUCUGUGGUGGGGAAUUCCAUAAAUUCACAACUCUCUGGGUGAAAAAGUUUUUUCUCACCUCAGUCUUAAAUGGCCUCCCCUUUAUUCUAAGACUGUGGCCCUUGGUUCUGGACUCACCCCACAUUGGGAAAAAUUUGCCUGCAUCUAGCUUGUCCAGUCCUUUUAUAAUUGUAUAUGUUUCUAUAAGAUCUCUCCUCAUCCUUCUAAACUCCAGUAUUUUCAAUCUUUCCUCACAUGACAGUCCCACCAUCCCAGGGAUCAAUCUCGUGAACCUAUCACUUAUGAACAUGCCUAGUUUGCAGACGAAUAGGCAUCAAGAUUCACGUGUCACCUAAAUAGUCACACAGCACAGAGACAAGCCUAGUGUCCAUGCUGAACAAGAUGCCCCAUCUACACUAGUCCUAUUUGCCUGCAUUUGGCCCAUAUCCCUCUAAACCUUUCCUUUCCAUGUCGCUGUUCAAGUGUCUUUUAAAUCGUUACAGUUCCUGCUUCAACUACCUCCUCCGGCAGCUCGUAUACCCACCUCCCUCUGUGUGAAAAAGUUGCUCCUCAGGUUCCAUAGACAAUAGACAAUAGGUGCAGGAGUAGGCCAUUCGGCCCUCCUAGCCAGCACCCCCAUUCACUGUGAUUAUGGCUGAUCCUCCACAUCCAGUAUCCUGUUCCUGCCUUCUCACCAUAUCUCCUGACUCCGCUAUCUUUAAGCGCUCUAUCUAACUCUCUCUUGAAAGCAUCCAGUGAAUCAGCCUCCACUGCCUGGGUAAACUCCACUGCCUCACAACUCUCUGGGUAAAAAAGGUUUUUCCCCCAUCUCUGUUCUAAACGGCCUACCCCUUUAUUCUUAAAUCUUUUAAUCUUAAAUCUUAUUCUUAAAUCUUUAAAUCUUAAACUUCUUUUCCCUCUCUCCUUAAACCUACGUCCUCUGGUUCUUGAUUUCCCCUACCUUAGGCAAAAGACUAUCAACCUCGUCUACUCCCCUCAUGGUUUCAUACACCACGACACGAUCAUCCCUCAGCCUCCUGCAUGCGAGGCAUUAAAGUCUGAGCCCACCCAACCUCUCCCUGUAGCACAGGCAACGAUUCCUGGCAACAGCUUCAUAAUUCUUCCCUGUGCUCCUUCCAGCUUAAAGGACAGAAACACGAUCUUCAAACGAUGUAUAAUUACCAUAUAACCAUAUAACAAUUACAGCACGGAAACAGGCCAUCUCGGCCCUACAAGUCCAGGCCGAACAAAUUUUGUUCCCCUUAGUCCCACCUGCCUGCACUCGUACCAUAACCCUCCAUUCCCUUCUCAUCCAUAUGCCUAUCCAAUUUAUUUUUAAAUGAUACCAAUGAACCUGCCUCCACCACUUCCACUGGGAGCUCAUUCCACACCGCCACCACUCUCUGCGUAAAGAAGUUCCCCCUCAUAUUACCCCUAAACUUC